CCCUGGCCACUGUAGGCUCAGAACAGCAGGACAAAGUGUGUGGGACAAGGGCAGGGGCCUGAGUGCAGCCAUGGGCUCUGGAGGAGUGGGCCUCUUGAGCCGAUGUCCCCUGCCUCCUCUCCUGCUUCUGUUCAUCAUAGGAUGCAAGGCUCAGGAUUCUCCACCCCAGAUCCUAGUUCACCCGGAGGACCAGCUACUUCAAGGCUCCCAGCCAGUCAAGAUGAGCUGCGGAGCCUCAGGCCAGCCACCUCCCACAAUCCGCUGGCUACUGAAUGGGCAGCCCCUGAGCAAGGCAACCCCAGACCUCCACUACCUCCUGCCUAAUGGAACCCUUCUACUACAGUGGCCCCCUGCCAAGGGACUGCCCCAAGAUGACCAGGACAUCCUGUCAACGUUCUUGGGUGUCUACACAUGUGAGGCCAGCAACCGGCUGGGCACAGCAGUGAGCCGGGGUGCUAGGCUAUCUGUGCCUGUCCUCCAGGAGGAUUUCCAGAUCCAGCCUCAAGACACAGUGGUCGUGGUGGGCAACCAGUUGGUUCUUGAGUGUACGCCACCCUGGGGCUCCCCGAAGCCCUCAGUCUCAUGGUGGAAAGAUGGGAAACCCCUGGCCCUCCAGCCAGGGCGACACACAGUGUCCGGGGAUUCCCUGCUGGUGGCAAAAGCAGAGAAGAGCGACAUGGGGAUGUAUAAGUGUAUAGCCACCAACCAUGCAGGGCAACGGGAGAGCCGAGCAGCCAGGGUAUCUGUCCAGGAGUUGAAGGACCACAAGGAACACCUGGAACUUCUGGCUAUUCGCAUUCAGCUGGAAAAUGUGACCCUGCUAAAUUCAGAGUUGGUGAAAGGCUCCAAGCCUGGGCCAGCUGUGUGGCUCAGCUGGAAGGUAAGUGGCCCUGCUGCACCUGCUGAGUCCUACACAGCCUUGUUCAGAGCCCAGAGGGUCCCUGGGGACCAGAAAGCUCCAUGGUCAGAGGUGGGGCUGGCUGGCUUGCAGUGUGCAGAGCUUGGGGGCCUCCACUGGGGCCAAGACUACGAGUUCAAAGUGAGACCAUCCUCUGGCCGGGCUCGAGGACCUGAAAGCAAUGUGUUGCUCCUGAGGCUGCCAGAACAAGUGCCCAGUGCCCCACCUCAGGAAGUAACCCUAAAAUCUGGGAACAGCAGUGUCCUUGUGAGCUGGGCCCCACCACCUGCUGAAAACCAUAAUGGUGUCAUUCGUGGCUACCAGGUCUGGAGCCUGAGCAACACCUCACUGGCCUCUGCCAACUGGACUGUAGCAGGCGAGCAGACCCAGCUGGAGAUCACCACACAAAUGCCAGGCUCCUACUGUGUGCAAGUGGCUGCAGUCACUGGGGCUGGAGCUGGAGAGCCCAGUAGCCCUGUCUGCCUUCUUUUAGAGCAGACCAUGGAGCAAUCUGCCCGAGAUCCCAGUAAGCCUGCUCCCUGGACCCUGGAGCAGCUCAGGACCACCUUGAGCCGUCCAGAAAUCAUUGCCAGUGGUGUUGUUCUGCUCUGGCUGUUGUUGCUGGGCAUUGCUGUGUGUAUCUACCGCCGGCGCCGAGCAGGUUUGCACCUGGGCCCAGGUCUGUACAGAUAUACCAGUGAGGAUGCCAUCCUAAAACACAGGAUGGAUCACAGCGACUCCCCCUGGCUGGCAGACACCUGGCGUUCUGCCUCGGGCUCUCGAGACCUCAGCAGCAGCAGCAGCCUCAGCAGUCGGCUGGGAGUGGACCCCAGGGACCAAUUAGACUGCAGGCGCUCCUUGAUCUCCUGGGACCCCCGGAGCCCUGGUGUGCCUCUGCUUCCAGACACCAGCACUUUUUACGGCUCCCUCAUCGCAGAGCUUCCCUCCAGCCCUCUAGUCCGGCCAAGCCCCCAGGCACCAGUUGCCAGGCGCCUCCCGUCCCAACUGGCUGGGACCUCUAGCCCCUGGCCCAGCUCAGAUAGUCUCUGCAGCCGCAGGGGACUCUCUUCCCCACGCUUGUCUCUGGCCCCUGCAGAAGCUUGGAAAGCCAAAAAGAAGCAGGAGCUACACCAAGCCAACAGCUCCCCACUACUCCGGGGCAGCCACCCCAUGGAACUCUGGCCCUGGGAGUUUGGAAACAGAGCUUCCAAGAACCUUUACCAAAGUCCGGGAGCAGCACCCCGUGCCCUGGUUGCCUGGCGAGCCCUGGGACCACAGCUCCAACGCAACUCCCAUGAGCUGGCUACUCAUCCGCUCCCUCCAACACCCCGUUCUCUUUGUGGAACCCCUACUCAGAGUCAACAGACCCAGUGUGUGGAUAAGCCCCAAGCUCCCUCCUCUGACCCACUGCCAGCCACUCCCCUCCCCAUCCUUACUCCUUCCAGGGCCCCCAGCCCCCAGGCCUCUUCUCUCUCUGGUCCCAGCCUAGCUUCCAGCCACCUGUCCAGCUCCUCACUGUCGUCCCUAGAGGAGGACCAGGACAGUGUGCUGACUCCUGAAGAGGUGGCCCUGUGCCUGGAGCUCAGUGAGGGUGAAGAGACACCCAGGAACAGUGUCUCUCCUCUGCCAAGGGCUCCUUCACCACCAACAACCUAUGGCUACAUCAGCAUCCCAACAGCUUCAGGGCUAGCCAAUAUGGGCAGGGCUGGUAGAGGGGCAGAAUCAGAGGUCGGGAGCCUACUGUGCCCACCUCGGACUUGCCCCACUCCCACCCCCAGUGAGGGCUCCCUGGCUAAUGGUUGGGGCUCAGCUUCUGAAGACAACGCGCCCAGCGCCAGGGCCAGCCUGGUCAGCUCCUCAGAUGGCUCCUUCCUCGCUGAUGCCCACUUUGCCCGUGCCCUGGCAGUAGCUGUGGAUAGCUUUGGUUUUGGUCUGGAGUCCAGAGAGACUGAUUGUGUCUUCAUUGAUGCCUCAUCACCUCCCUCCCCUCGGGAUGACCUCCUCCUGACUCGAAGCUUCUCUCUGCCUCUGUGGGAGUGGAGACCAGAGUGGCUGGAAGAUGCUGAAAUUAGUCACACUCAGCACUUAGGUAGGGGGCUGCCGCCCUGGCCCCCUGACUCUAAGAUCUCCUUACAGCAAAAUCAGCUCAGCCAUCCUGUGCCCAAGGCUGCUGAUUCUUCCUGAACUAUCCCUGAGAUGGCCAGAAGAGCAUGCAGACCACUAUCCUGUCUGCCCACAAGACUUGCCUGUGGUCUUUAGAUCUUGGCCUAUGCUUCUUUGCAAUAGAGGUCCACCUUUGUGCUGGGCUCCUGGAGAGUUCUUCUCCUGGGAUUGUUAAACAAAUGAAAGCAAACCAAAAUAAGAUCUAAGCAGACCUGGAUCCUCCUGGGAACAAGAGAACAUCUUCAUCUGUACCAGACUCUCUCUCCUCUGUUCCAGCCCCUUACUACCCCGUACAAUCAGAGCCUUUGGCCUAAGCAUGCCUCCUGCUAUCUCUACCUGUGUGGAUUACGGGAAGCCAAUAGUAUCUUCUUCAUGGAGGACAGGAAUGGUUGGUGCAGAGGGCCAUGGCAGAAGGUGCUUAGAAGACCUCUCUCAAUCCUACCUGGGCCCCUCCCCUAGAGGCCAGCUCAGGCCUCUCCCCAGCCACGCCAUGCAAGGAAAACAAAGAAGACUAUCUAUGCAAUGGACCCUACCUAGUGCCACAGCCAAGAGUUCAAAGUUAGGUCAAUGAAGGAGGCUGAAGAAAAAGAGAACAUGGGAGCAAGGCAUCAUCCUCAUGUCAUUGUCACUGUGAGCUUAAGGAACCUGAUUCUAUAAAACUGUAGAACUUACAGUAGUAAGUAAUACUGUAGAAUUCUAUAAAGACUUGAGUCCUGUGACAUCGUUCUUUGGGCUUUGUUUUGGUAACAGCACCUGCAGAGGUGUAAGAAUUACCUGAAUUAGGGAAUGAAUCAAGCAUUCCUUGUUUCUAAAUCCUCAUUUCUGGUCUACAAUUGAAGGGGGAAUGAGGUGCAUCCACCAGCAUUCAAGCAGAAGGUAGUUAAAGGCCAAGUGGGAGAGCUUCAGGGUCUGUGAAUCUUGGGAAGCCAAAUCCUGUUUCCUGCAGUCCCAGCCCUGCUCCCUAGAGACCAGUCCCAGAUGAGUUCUUUAAAAUAAAUGAAGUAGCUCAAUUCCACAAAAGGUAGAACCACCUAGUAAACACUUUUCAGACAAGACUACAGAACAGAGACAGACAUUGGUGCAGGAAUUUUGAGUCCUGAACCACUGAAAGCCACUGAAAGGCAGGCAGACCCAAAUCUCCUAUACAUGGAGGGAAAGGUUCUGGGCAGAACUUGCAGGUUUAUGCUGUGAUACAGAGUAUGAUCAGAACCAAGGAAGAUGGGGGGAGGGUUGUGAUUCAGUAGCCUCAAGUCCCCCAAACCCAGCAGCUCUAUCUGGAGACCACUUGAGUUAGGAAGCCAAACAGUGUGACCAAGUUUCCUGACCUGUGCUUAGCAGGCCAGUUUGGGCUGAUUUGCAUGAUCUCAAGAGGAGAAAUGGUGGGGGGGGGUUCCCCAGGAUACAUAUCCGUUCUAUUUGUUUUUUCUUUUUUGACUUUUGUUUUUCUUUUAACUUUCUGAAAAAAUUCCUUAUGAAAACAUUCCAACUCUUUUUGCUACACUGAAGGUGAAAGGGGGAUUUGCACACACACACAGGUCAAAGUAGAAGGCAAGGUCAGGGUCAGGACUAAGAGGGUCCAGGCUAGUCAUAGAGUUGAAGCCUUAAACUUUCUAUGUAGCCAAGGUUGGCCUUAAAUGCCUUCCUGCCUCCACCUCCCAAGUGCUGAGAUCAUAGGCAAGUGUCACCAUACUGAGCUUUCUUUGUGUUUUUAAAACUUAUUGUUUACUAUAAGGCAUGUGUUCCUUUACAGAAGAACAGAUAGGCCCCAGAAGAGGGCAUUAAAGAAAAGUUCAGCUUGACCUUCUGAAGGUGGGGCAAGUGUCUACUUGUUGGUUAUGUGAAAACUCCUUCGAAUUGUAACAUG